AUGAUGAUGUUCUCCUGGCCGAUUCCGGCCACGGCGGCCAAUCUCAUUGAGACUAGCCAACUGCGCAGGAGAUAUUAUAGUGCACAAGUGUACGCGCAGACACAACGUGCACUCUCUGCGUGCAUUCCUGUCACUCUCAUAUUCCGGUGGGACGGCUACUCGACACGACCGGUGAGAGUUAAGGCGCAGGACCGACGGUUUUACGUGCUCUCCGAGGCACGGGGG